AUGGUAGGCGGCACGCGUGGCGCGCGGGUGUGCGCGCACGUGCCGCGCCGGCACACGCGGUGGCGCUCGGGGCGCGCUCGGCGCGCGGCGCGCAGUACCGCGGCGGCGGGCGAGGAGCACAGAGCGCCGCACGCGCCGGCAUGCGACGCUAGCGGGAGCAUGCGGCUGCCGCUGCUGCCGCUGCUCGUGCUGCCGCUCGUGCUCGUGCGCCCGGCAGCAGGUGAGAUA